CCUCUCCACUCAGCCAGGGUGGUUGAGCUGAAAGGACCGCGCCCAACACAUCUCGACACCAUGGGACUCACACACGACCCAACCUUCCAGAAACUGGAGAAAUGGUACCAUGAACAUGCUCUGCACCUCAACAUGAGGAAGAUGUUUGAGGAAGACAAGGAGAGAUUCCACAAAUUCAGCACAACACUGAAGACAGAUCAUGGAGACAUUCUGAUUGAUUACUCUAAGAAUCUCAUCACUGAGGAUGUCAUGAAGAUGUUGGUCGAACUGGGCAAGUCCAGGGGGAUUGAGGCCACCAGGGACAAGAUGUUCCAUGGAGACAAGAUCAACUUCACUGAGGGUCGUGCCGUGCUCCACGUGGCUCUGAGGAACCGCUCCAACCAUCCCAUCAUGGUUGACGGACAUGAUGUGAUGCCUGAGGUCAACAAAGUCCUGGAGAAGAUGAAGGGCUUCUGCCACAAAGUUCGCAGUGGGGAGUGGAAGGGCUGGACUGGAAAGUCCAUCACAGACGUUGUUAACGUCGGCAUUGGUGGAUCUGACCUGGGUCCUCUAAUGGUGACUGAGGCUCUGAAGAACUACUCCAAGGGAGGUCCCCGUGUGCAUUUUGUCUCCAACAUUGACGGCACACACAUCUCCAAAACCCUGGCUGAGCUCAAUGCUGAGACCACCCUGUUCAUUGUGGCCUCCAAGACUUUCACCACCCAAGAGACCAUCACCAACGCAGAGUCUGCCAAGGAAUGGUUCAUUGAGCACGCUAAAGAUAAAUCUGCUGUUGCCAAGCACUUUGUGGCGCUCUCCACUGCCGGCCCCUUAGUGAAGGCCUUUGGCAUUGAUCCUGACAACAUGUUUGGCUUCUGGGAUUGGGUUGGUGGACGUUAUUCCCUGUGGUCUUGUAUUGGAUUGUCCAUUGCUCUGCACAUCGGCUAUGACAACUUUGAGAAGCUUCUAGAAGGGGCUCACUGGAUGGACAACCAUUUCAAAACAGCCCCUGUGGAGCAGAACGCUCCCAUGCUCRUGGCUCUGCUGGGUGUCUGGUACAUCAACUUCUUCCAGGCCGAGACCCACGCCAUGCUGCCUUAUGACCAGUACAUGCACCGAUUCGCUGCCUAUUUCCAGCAGGGUGACAUGGAGUCCAAUGGAAAGUACAUCACUAUCCAUGGCAAACGUGUCAACUACCAUACCGGCCCCAUCGUAUGGGGAGAGCCUGGCACCAAUGGACAGCACGCCUUCUACCAGCUCAUUCACCAAGGAACUCGCAUGGUCCCCGCUGACUUCCUCAUCCCUGCCCAGACACAGCACCCCAUCAGGGAAAGUAAGCACCAUAAGAUCCUGAUGGCCAACUUCCUGGCUCAGACUGAGGCUCUGAUGAAAGGAAAGACCACAGAGGAGGCUAAGAAGGAACUGGAGGCCGGCGGCCUGACAGGAGAGGCCCUGGAAACCAUUCUGCCACACAAAGUAUUCCAAGGAAACAAGCCAACCAACUCUAUUGUCUUCAAGAAGCUGAACCCAUUCACACUGGGAGCACUUAUUGCCAUGUAUGAACACAAGAUCUUUGUCCAGGGUGUUAUGUGGGAGAUCAACAGUUUUGACCAGUGGGGAGUUGAGCUGGGUAAGGCUUUGUGUAAGAAGAUCGAGCCUGAGCUACAUGGCUCCAACGAGGUCCACUCUCACGACUCCUCCACCAACGGGCUCAUUAACUUUAUCAAGAAGAACCACGCCUAACCUGCCCACCACCGUCAUCCAUCCUCCCUGUCCUGCCCCCCUGCUGACGGGGGUGUCUGGGCUGUAGUGAAGGUAGACUCACUGCAGCAUCAGUCACCGUGCAGAGGAGUAGAAGCACUUUCUAUGUCUGUAAUCAUCUGUCUGCGUCCUCUCUGUUUGUUGUGACAUCGGACUGUAUUUUACGUACUGUUGUAUGUUUAAGCAAUAAGGUCCGAGUCGGUGUGGUAUAUGGCCAAUAUACCACGGCUAAGGGCUCUUCUUAGGCAAUACGC